CCACAAUUGAUCUCUCGGUUCACGGCGACGGCGCAUCCCUCGUGGCAUGCCAUGCUGCGGAGCGGCAGCUUGGAAUUUGGAAAUUUAGUUUUGAAUGUCUUCGUUCACAAACUCCUGAGUUCUCUUCGCUCUCUUCUCACACACCUGUAUCUGUGUGCCUGAUAUCUCGUCUCGCUAGUACAGAUUGAUACGUGCGUCUAUCGACAGACAUCAUGGCUUCACUUUCCCUUGCCUCGACCAGGAAGAUGGUCUCGGGAUACGAGAUUCCGGUGAUAGGAUUCGGGUCAUAUCAGACCCCUCCAGAUGUCACCGAAAAAGUGAUCCUUAAGGCCCUGGAAGCUGGCUACCGCCAUGUCGACUGUGCGCAGCUAUACCAGAACGAAGCCGAGUGCGCGGCUGCCAUCUAUAACUCUGGAAUCGAGCGUGCCAAGAUCUUUUAUACAACCAAGAUCCCUGAUUCCCAUAUGUCUUACGAGAAGGCCAAGGAAGCCAUUGAAGCCAGUCUAUCCGCGGCAUCUUGCUUAGGCUACAUCGACCUUGUCCUCCUACACACUCCCUACGGGGGCAAAGAAGGUCGACUCGGCGCCUGGCGCGCCCUCGUGGAAGCGCAAAAGACCCGCAAGAUCCGCUCCAUCGGCGUCUCCAACUAUGGGAUCCGCCACCUUGAGGAGCUAGAGCACUACAUCCGGACCAGCGGGGUCGGGGGUCAAAUUUCCGUCGCCCAGUACGAGAUCCACCCUUGGUGUGCCCGCGAGGACAUCGUCGCAUGGCUGAAGAAGCGGGACAUCGUCGUCGAAGCCUAUUCGCCGCUGGUGCAGGCGAAACGGAUGAACGAACCGAUGCUGCAGAGCUUGGCUAAGAAGUACAAAAAGUCCCCGGCGCAGAUCUUGGUUCGCUGGAGUUUACAGAAGGGAUAUGUGCCGUUGCCCAAGUCGGUGACCGACUUCCGGAUCAAGGAGAACACACAAGUGUUCGAUUUCGAGCUGUCUCAAGAGGAUAUGCGUCAGUUGCAGACGGAUGAGCAUGCUCCUGUAUGCUGGGACCUUGCUCGGGAUUCGAAGCUGUAAGGGAUGAAUGUAGUGUGAACCCGUAUCUAGG